GCGCUUUUGUGUCUCCUCGUUUCUCAUCUCUCCUUCUCUCCUCUCCUCCUUUAUCCAAUCCCUCCCGUCGGCGGAUCCGCAGUGAUUUGAUCUCGAAGGGGAAGCGGAAAGAUACGAUCUUUGGUGCCAUGGCGGCGGCGGCAGCUUCGUCGGUUCAAAGGGACCUCCUUUCGCAUUGCGGCAUCCGUUCUUCUCGACUUCCGCCUGCGGGCCUGCGCCGCCGAUCUUCUUCUCUUAGAUUGGACGGCGUGUUCCAUAGAGGGAGUCUGGUCGCCGGGUCGCCAAGAGGGAUGCCCUUGAAGGGGCACCUCGGUUCUGGCGGCUCUGCAAAGAUGACUCUUUCUUUCAAGAAGGCCAUGAAAUGGUGGGAGAAGGGGCUCCAACCCAACAUGAAGGAGAUCGAGUCGGCCGAGGAUCUCUCCUGUUCUUUACUGAACGCCGGCGAUCAGCUUGUUGUCGUGGAUUUCUUUUCUCCUGGUUGUGGAGGCUGUAGAGCCCUCCAUCCAAAGAUUUGUCAGAUCGCCGAGUUGAAUCCUGAUGUCUUAUUCUUCCAAAUAAACUACGAGCAACACAAGUCCAUGUGCUACAGUUUGCACGUCCAUGUACUCCCCUUCUUUAGAUUCUACAGAGGAGCGCAAGGCCGCCUCUGUAGCUUCAGCUGCACCAAUGCAACUAUCAAGAAGUUCAAAGAUGCUUUGUCCAAGCACACCACAGACAGGUGUAGCCUUGGGCCAGCCAGGGGGCUGGAGGAGGAAGAACUCUUGGCUUUGGCGGCAAACAGAGAUCUCACCUUUGACUACCCUAAGAAACCUGUUCUGCUCCCUAAAGAAAUUGCAGAGAUAGCUCCGACAACUCUCCCUGUGCCUCUACUCACUCGGGAAACUGAGAACAAGACUCUGGCUAUGGCUGCGAGAUGAGGCUGUUGUAUGCCUAUCUCAUGAUCCAUUACACUCUCCUUGUAAAUAGAUGGUGUUCUUAAAGUUAGGUAUUUGUGCAGGCUGGGUGUUUUUUUUUUUGGUUUCAGAGGCCUGCAGACGUGUGUAUCGAUCGUGUCGACGAUGAGUAAUCCGUAAGGAGGGCUAUUCUUCCUCCGUUGAGAGCCCUUCAAAUGUC